AUGAGAAACGGAUUAUACCAGUUAUGGUGUGUGGCGAGUGCAGCAAGAGGAGUAGUUAGGAACUCAUUCGCAAGGGCCAAUUCGGCCAUGUGUGGGUACGUGCGUACGUCCACCGUGUUGAGUCAAUGGACUCGUGACAGACAAUGGGAAGCAGCUAAAGCUCUAUCACAACGGGCCAGGAAAGAGCAUGCUACAAAUUAG